UUGAUGCAAUUGAUAAGGCAGAAAAAUGGGUAGAAAUGAAGGGGAAAGUUGUUCCUAUAAUGAAGCUGGAAAGGUUAGCAAGAGAGGAUUUAGAUAUCUGUAGGAAGAUGUAUAAGAUGUGGUUGGAAACGACUAACUUGCCAACUCGAGACUACUGGAUUGCAAGAAGGAUAAAAUGGUUAGACAUGGCAGAGAAGAAGUUGGAACAAAUCUUGCUCCUUAGGGAUACUGCUCCAUCUCUUGCACCUCCUUUUAAAGUGAAAGAAGAUUCUACAGAUAUUUGUGACUCUUCCGAUGAGUUGAUUCCUUCUUAUUUCUUUGAAGAAAUGGUUGAUUCAACAAAUAGUUCGAGUUCUAAAGCUAAAGAAGUUUCAACUGUGGUUAAAUCAAUUCAACCCGCUGUCAAUGAACCAAAAAAAGAUUCAAUUGAUGCUGUGAGUCAUCAAUUUAAAGAAAUCCGCAAAGCUGAAGUGAGUUAUUUCGAUAACAAGAAUCACGUUCAAGUGUUUGAGAUUCGAUAAUUCCCCUGUGUGUUCAUGAGGCUGACAAUUAUGUUGAUGGAAAGCUGCUUGUUAAAAUUCCUGAGGGUGUAGCUUGGAAUUUGGGAACUGAAAGAGAUGAUUUUCUCUUACAACUACAACAAGGUAAACUGCUGAUUAAAAUCCUUCCAUUGGAUACUAUGUGUUUUGAGAACGAUUUUUUUUUCAACCACACAACAUACUCGGAUGCAUACUAAGAUGCCUUUUCGUCGUUGUUUUGAUUGUGGAAAAGAAUUUCAGCUUCUUAGGGGGUUACUUUCUUUUCAUUGUGAAUCUAAAGACUAUUUCCAUACAAAUACUUCUUGUGUGAUUGUUGGUACUGAGUUCACAUUCAUGGAUGUUUACUAUGACAAAUUUGUUCAUGAGCUUAAUUGUAUGCAUGGGUUUGAAUCAGAUUUUUCGUUCCGUUCUUCAAUAUUAUUGGUGUUUGUUACAACUGGUGCCAAUGGUGAGAGUGGUGAGUUGUUUGCGAAAUUUUCACAAGGAAAUAGUAUACCCAGGCAUACUUAUUUGUUUAUAUGGAUGCUAAUGUGUGAGAUUAAGAAUGUUCAUGAGUUGUCUCGUCCAAUGCUUGAAAUGUGGAAGGAGGGUUAUUUAUGGAUAGAUAUUUUAGUAAGCAAAGUGGGGACUAAGGUUUUACCCUUGGUUGUUCAAGCUCUGAAUGGGCAUUGGCUGUUUUGGGACUAUUUGAAGUGGAAGUUCAAGUUGUACUCUACAGGCCUGUGGAAUGUGGGUCACAAUACUUGCAAACAGUUUAUGAAGGCAGUCUUGAAUUCAGCUGGUAAUUAUCACUAUCUGCUGCUUACUCAUGUGACCUACGGGAGCCUUAUUGUUCAAGGGGAAGUUGGGUUGACAAUGGGAUAUAUCAAGCUAGAAUUCUAUGACAGAAUGGUGACAAUUCAGUUGAUGUUCCUUUACACUCCAUCGAUUUUUGUGCUGGUGGUUUUCUUGAGAUGGAAUUUGUUCUCAACAUGCUUUUGCAGUACUAAAGGUGUUAUGGUGUUAAUUCUCUUGCAGGAGUUUGCAUGUAUGCUGCUAAUUUUUUCUCCCCUCUUCAUUUCUCUCGAGAAUACUUAAACAAUCCAACUGCAACUGUCUGCACAUCUUGUACAGUAGCUACUCGACAGGAAUCCUUAUAAGAAUGGUGCAAACUCCAUCCAUAGUCUCUGUAUUCCACAUCCUGAAAAUGUUAAGGCUGGCGUUAUGGGGUGUGAGGAGGGACUUCAAGUUGUUUUCUACAGGGUUAUGGGGUGUGAAACAUGUUAGUGUUGAUAAGAGUUUUACAGUGGUGUGCUUUGACUUAAACUGGUUUAGAAAUAAGUUGUUAUGUGAAGCUGAGGUCCAUAAUAAACUUACAACAAUUAUUUGGAGAGAAUCAAGCUGGCACUUGGGCUCUGCGAUUAGAGAUUUAGGUACAACGAGUCAUACCGGGACAAAAAUUCUUUUACGAAGGGGAGAAAAUCAUCUCAAAACUGUUGAAUCCUAUUUCCCAAUUGUGUUACUGUUGGUGGUCUCGUUGGAGUGGAAAGGUGCAAUAAAUGGUGAUGCUCAGCUCAAUGGGGUGCUUCUGUUUAAUUCUGGUCAGGUUGAGCCCUUUGAGGACAAGAAAACAAGGUCAAUUUUCACUGAGUUCCCUGCUUCCACUCUUCUUAUAGAACUCACAGGUGAAGUCAAGAUUGGUUUUGAAGUGUGCACAGGGACAUUUAUUGGCCUUUCUAAAUUUCCGGAGUUCUCUAAUUCAUUUAUGUUUGAUAGAGGAAGAUAUUUUUCAAGUCAUGUGUGGGGUUUGGGGUACCAAUCAGUAAAGGGGAGUAGCUGGACAGAAAUUAUGGUGCGAAAGGGAGUAAUUCAGGACAUACUUGCCAAGAUUCAUCUUCAGUUUGAACUAGAAGUGGAGGGUCAGGAACUAAUGGCAUUCAAGCCCAAGCAUGGUCUUCAGUGGCAAGUAUAUGUUGUGCUCAUUCGCAGAUAGGAUCCAGCAACAGCCGUAGGGAAUGUCCAUGAUGUAAUACAAGCUGAAAUUGGGGCGCAUUCCAAGUUGGCCACUGUUGCUUACAUUUGGCUCAGUUAUGCGAUGACGCUUAUGUUUAGUAGGGUAAUUUAUUUACAAUUGGGGAAAGUUGACUACAGAAAACUAAGGGUCCCUUGUGCUAAUAAAGGCAAGAUAACAGUGCCACUAAGGACAGAAGUUGCAUUCUCCAUCAGGCUAGUUCCUCAAGAAAGGACUGGAACUUUUCAAGCAGACUACCAUAAUCACUGUGACAAAGAACGAGGACAUGCAAAUUCUUAGUUCUGCCUUAGCUGGAGUGAGCAACUUGGAUGGUGGGAAGUACAGACUAUUAGUGAUCCGCUACAAUUUAGACAGUGAGCAAGAGUUCUCGAUGCCAGCCAUUUGAUAUGCACCUGUGUUAUUCCUGUAGAUGCAUUUCAACAUCACGGUCCUUCUCACUGGCAUUUUUGUAGAGAAAUUGUUACAGACGUCUGUCCAGCGGCGCCUAUACCUUACCAGAUAGAAGACAACCUUGCGAUCCAAUUCCUCAUCCUUGAGGACAAGGAUGUUUUGGAGGGGAAGGUAUUGUCAUGUACCUUACUAUUGAGAGAAGGAUGCCCUUAUCACAUUCAGUGUCAGUGUUUAGUAUUAUCCUUAUUAGUAGUAAUUAGCUUAUUGAUGGGUGUGUUCAUCAUUUGUAAUAAGUGGUUUAGAUGUAACCAGCUGGCGGACUACUAACCGUUGGUUUUAGGUCAGUCUGAGUAAGGCUUAUAAGCUGGAAGUCUGUAAUGAAUUUUUUUUCGAA